AUGUCGCGAACAUCGAAUGGACAAUCAUGGCAGAAAUCGCAGUUUCUGGGCAACAGUAACAGCAACAAGUCUCUACUGCGCUAUCACGACAACAGCUCGACUCCCAGUGUCGCGGGCGCCGAUGAUGCUAUAAUGGACGACCCCGGUAUUGCGGGCGGCCUCGAUGAUGGCAUGGCGGACGAGUCCGAAACCCAGCGGCAGCUUUUCAAGGAUUUAUAUCUGCGAUCAGAAGCCAAAAUCGCGGGACUCUUUGGCAAUAAAGGCUUGCGGGAACAGGAUCCCGCGGAGGAUAACUCGGCGGCGGAUGUGCAAUUGGCGAUAGAGGAAUCCACCGCUGUGGAAGCUGCCGCGGUUGAGCAAGCACCCAAGAAGUCUGCGCGGACCAUCGAUGAGGACAACUACGAUGACGACGACGAAGACGAUGAAGAUGAUGGAGGUCAGGAAUCACCGCUGAAGAACAAGAAUGGAAAUGCCCUACUGUCCCCCUCGAAAUCCGGCAGUUCUCCUGUGUCCUCGGACAUAUCCCCGACCAAGCAGGCCGAAUCCAAUAAAGAUAUUACAGCGCCGGCAGAACCCAAGUCCUCCGAAGAUGCGCGCAAGCAGUUGGAGGAAGCCAAGAAGGCUACAGAGGAGGCUGCAAAGCGCAGCUUCCAUACACUUUUCUACACAUUGGAGAACGACCGCAUCGCUAUGCUAGAACAGCAGAAGCUGGAGGAGUCCGAGAAGCAAAUUGAUGCGGAAAUGGAUCACUCAGGAAAUACCAAUAACGCUAAUGGUCCAAAUGGUGAACAUCACGGAUCCUUGAGCAGUGCCAAUUUGGGUGCCUCGAGUUUGACACUGAAGCAUCUUAUUGCGCGGAUCGACCUGAAGCGCGAUCAAGUUCGAGCCUCGGAUGCCGAGUUGCGUUCAUUAAUGAACGAAGUUCGGAAGAAUAGAAGUAAAUGGGCGAGUGAGGAGAAUGUACACCAGGAGGAACUAUACGAAGCUGCGGAAAAGGUCCUGAGUGAACUCAAGGCCAUGACAGAGUAUUCAGCUCCAUUUCUCACCCGCGUGAAUAAACGAGAGGCCCCAGAUUAUUACAAUGUCAUCAAGCAUCCUAUGGAUUUGGGAACUAUGACCAAGAAGCUCAAAACUUUGACGUACAAAUCCAAGAAAGAGUUUGUUGACGACCUGGACCUGAUAUGGAGUAACUGUCUGAAGUACAACGGUGACAUACAGCACCCAUUAAGGCGAAAUGCAAACUCGAUGAGGAAAGAAGCGGAAAAGCUAGUACCUCUGAUUCCGGAUCUUGUAAUUCGACCGAGGGCUGAAGUUGAAGCCGAGGAGCGUCGCAAGCAGAAUGGAGGUGAAGAUGAUGCCGGUGACGACAGUGACGAUGAACCAAUCAUGUCUUCUCGAGGACGCAAAGCUGGAACAGGAGCAAAAGGCACAAAGGUCAGAAAGGCUCGGGAAGAAAGCACACCUGGCGUUGAGCAAAAGCCAACUCUCCAGCUCAAUGGCUUACUUGGCAGCAUUGGGAACGACGGAUCUGAAGCUGGGUUCGAUGGCAGCCAGAAUGGUUUUGCAACCCCACCAGUUGGAUCGAUAACGCCUAGUGGAAUCAAUGGAGUCGCUGGACAUGGGAGUCAAGCCGAUGGAGAUAUUGAUGGCCCAUCGAUCAACGGCAUAUCACUCGGCCAGGCCCUCGGUGCUGCUGCGGAUGACCUCCGAGAAGACGAGGAGUACAAGAUCUGGAAGCAAGUGACGAAGAAAGACCGAGCACUUAUAGCCAAGGAGAGAAACCGACUGUUUAAAGGAGACAAACUCAACCCUGACGAACCAGCGUUGCUUCGCUCCAAGGCAGGGAUGAGAAGGUGGCUUCGUCAACAAAAGCAAGCACAAACAGAUCCUUCCAGCUCGAGUGCCAACGGAAACACCAAAGAUGCCAUUCAGGGAGUAGAGACUCUGGCUGAAGGUAUGGAAGGUGAAGAAGAACGGAUGAUCCCCGAUUACUACGACUAUCUCUCAGCAAUUCCGGAAAUCAACCCCAAGUUACAGUGGAUCGAAGAUGCGGAUGGUCAACUUGUAGAUCGAGGAGAAGAAUUUCUUCGAAUGGUUCCUAGUGGUCACUUCCAAGCGCCCAAAAGUGUUUUGGCUCAGAGAGUCGAAGCCAAUAUGAGGCAGAUGCAAGAGACGAGAAAAAUCUGCUCAAAAAUUGGCGUCAUCAAACAGAUGCAGUUGCAGGCACAAAUGUACAAUAAUCAAUUUCCCAAGUACGAGCCGGAACCUUUCAUAGAAGCCGAUAUUGAGCCUCAUGUCACCUCCGAUGACGGGCCGAUUAUGGCAACAUGGGUCUGCAAGGCCGCUAUGCAACGCUCUAUUGCGAAGCUCUGUUAUCAUGCUGGUUUUGAAGAGCUACAGCCAAGUGCUUUGGAUGUCAUCACUGAUAUUGCGGGGGAUUUCUUUACCAAACUUGCACAGUCCUUCAUUGUUUAUCGAGAAACGCCGAAAAUUCCGGCAAUUACAGCACCGCCGGACACAAGCGCGAAAUGGCAGCCACGAUUCACCGACGAAGAAGUGGUCCUUCACACCCUCAGCGAGAAUGGUAUGGAUGUUGAGGGUCUGGAAAACUACGUGAAAGAUGACAUCGAACGUCUUGGUACUAAACUGGGAGUGAUGCACGAUCGCAUGAAGGCUCAUCUUUCGGAUCUGCUUCGACCGGCACUCGCUGAUGGAGGGGCUGAUGGAUCUGGUGCAUUUAAGGAUGGUAGCGAGCAAUUCGUAGGUGGCGACUUCGCCGAAGAGCUUGGUGAAGAUUUCUUCGGAUUCAAGGCCCUAGGUCUGGAUAGUGAGUUUGGGAUGUCUAGUCUGUCUGUGCCUCUACAUCUCCUCCACACCAGACUUUACCAGAGUCAACCAAGCGCUGUUGUACAGAAUGCUUCUGCGGAGAUUUUCGACGCCUUACCACCACUGGAACCUGUUACCAUUGAUAAUAUUCAAGGUGCGAUUGGUUUGGUCAAAAACUUCUUUCUUGCAAAACUUCAUGCCAACGGAGACGUUCCCUUACUCGAAGACGAAGAACUACCCGUCAAGCAAAGGCCAUCCAGGCCUCGUCUCGGACCCACAGGAAAGAUCACCAGUCCAAGAAAGCGACCGCAGAAGGAGCAGUCGGGUAACUCGAAGAAAAAGAAGAAGCUUGACAACGGCACAGCUGUGGAUCCCGCGACUGGCGCAAAGACUGGUGUCAAUGGUAGCCCAGAGAAGCCAGGUGUGGGAUCGGCAAAGAAACUCAAAGUUCUUCCCAAUGGCGGGCCUGUCUCUAUGGAAAGGGCUGAAAGUUCCCAGGGCAACGCGAGUAACACAGAGAAAGACGAUGUCAGUGCCGUGGGAAUGAUGAGUCCAGAGAGUAUUGAAAGGUGA